AUGUGCCGCGUCGUACUGCUCAACCAGACCCAGUACGUCGAUCAUCAGUUGGGAGCGGGGCUCCCAAGAAUCCCAGGACGGAGGAUAGGCCGCGCCACCGGACGAGAUAACUCGUCCGACGUCCGUUCACGUCGCGGUGGUUCAACAGCUGCUCAACUAGAUAGCGCUGGCCACCGCGAGAGUCCUCUAAUGGAGGUGGAGGAGGAGGAAAGACGCUCUCCACACGAUCAUGUGGAUCCGUGUGUUCCCGAGAGCUUCUUUGAUCGCGUAACGCAAGGGUUACGCGACGAUCUCGAACAUGAGCGGGACAGGCGUCUCCAAAUGGCGGACACUGCCUCGAAGCAUCGAGCUGAGUUUGCCUUUGCUCAGCUUGAGAACGAGAGAUCUCUGACAUCUCUUCGUGACGAGCUAAGGGUAGCUCGUGGGAUUGUUGAUCGGUCUCGGGCUGAGAUAACUGCUCUUCAGACCCUUGUUGAUGCCCACCAUCGGGAGCACAAGGCUCUCUGUGAGAUGCUUGAGCGCAAGGGCGUUCUUCAUCGGAAGAAGCAGCGUACUGAUGGUACGGCUUAA